CAAGGAGCGGGAGAACGAAGGGUUGACGGUCAAGCCCGGCGAUGAAGACUUGCCUGAUUUUGCGCAGCAGCAGCGUGGGAAGUGGGGCCAGACUAGCGACUAUAGUGCGCAGGGAACUGUCUUCAAUGGCUACACCGCUGGCUACACUAAUUAUGCCAACGACACGAGCAACGACAUCUCGAUCUUAAGCCCGACCGUGCCGGCUGCCAGUAUCCAACCGUCCAACGAGAAUGACUGA